UUUAUGAAUGAUCAAAUUGGGAUUAGACGACUUUUUAGAGUAAGUACAGAGAGGAUUUGAUCACAAUGAUGUUGCUGAUGAUGAUGUUGGUGGUGGGAAACCACGCCUUUCCGGCAUAAAAUUCCCAACGAAUAUCCCGUUUUUCUUCUUCUUCCAGAUAUUUAUUCUCUUGUGUUGCUCUUCUUAUAAAUAAGAAACAACAAACAGUUGACAUUACUUACAAAGUCCACUACCACCCAUAACAACAAGUACAACAACUUCUUCUACACCGCCAGAAGUUCUAACAGUCGAUCACAGGAGAAAUGGAGAAUCGUGCUGAUCAUAUGGGGAAGGUAACAUGUGCAUCAUGGAUCAGACGGCCAGAAAAUGAACAUCUAGUAGUAAUGGGAAAAUCAAGGCAUGGUGAUUCUCCUUCUGUUCUUGAAAUCUUUUCUUAUGAUUCCAAGAUUAUUUCUCUAUCUCCUUCUCCUAAGGUUGUAUAUGAAUGUGAAGAUGGUAAUAUUGUCAGUGUUGCUGUGCAUCCAAGUGGAGAUGAAAUUGUUUGCUCCACUACUACUGGUGGCUGCAAGUUGUUGGAGUUCCAGCACAAAGAAGAAGAAGAUAUAAAGAUCCUGGUCAAAGAUCUACCUCCUCUUGAAGGUGUUGGUCCUCAGAAAUGCCUGGCUUUUAGUGUUGAUGGUGCUAAAUUUGCUACUGGAGGAGAGGAUGGGCACCUGAGAGUCUUUGAAUGGCCAAGCCUGCGAAUCCUUAUUGACGAACCAAAAGCACACAAGUCAUUCAGGGAUAUGGAUUUCAGCCUAGACUCAGAGUUCUUAGCUUCUACAUCAACUGAUGGUUCUGCUCGAAUAUGGAACUUAGAGGAUGGGGUUCCAUUGACUACUUUAACCCGUAAUACGGAUGAGAAAAUUGAAUGCUGUCGUUUUUCGAAAGAUGGGACAAAACCUUUCCUGUUUUGUACAGUCCAGAAGGGUAACAAAGGUGUGACCGUUGUUUGGUCUAUCAGUACUUGGGAAAGAAUCGGGUACAAAAGACUACUUGGAAAGAGUGCUUCUGUCAUGUCCGUGAGCCUCGAUGGGAAAUAUCUUGCUUUGGGAAGCAGAGAUGGUGAUAUGAUCGUAGUUGAAGUAAAUAACAUGGUGAUCAGCCACGUGAGUAAGAGGCUUCAUCUUGGUACCUCAAUUGCAUCACUGGAGUUUUGUCCUAGCGAAAGGGGAAAGGGAGCUGAUAGGGUGGUGGUUUCCACGUCUACUGAAUGGGGAACUGUGGUGACAAAGCUGAAUGUAACUCCUGAGUGGAAAGAGUGGCAGAUAUAUCUGGUGCUGUUGGGACUCUUUAUGGCAUCAGCUGUUUUAUUCCUUAUAUUCUUUAAGAAUUCUGAUAACUUCUGGAAUUUCCCCGUUGGACCAAAUCAACCAGCAAAACCAAGGUCUGGAGGUAUUUACCAUGAUUCACAGUCUGAUGAGUGGGGAGCCUUCGGUCCACUAGAUAUGUAGCCAACGGAGUGAUUUUUCUUUUUCUUCUUUUCGUUGUAAACUUUCUAAUGACUAGAAAUUCUCAACCAUGAGAGGUUCUAGAUUGUGCUUCCAUUAGGGUUUUUUUUUUUUUUUUUUUCUCAAUAGUUGGCCUUGUUAUGUUUACAUUUGAGGGUUUGGAAACACCUCAGUUUUCAUGAAUAUGCUUGAUUCAUUCUUUGAGUCACCUGGGGUUUUCGUUUUUGCUAAGGUAAUUCCAAGAUUUGGGGUCAUUUCCGAG